AGGCAUUGACACCCUAUUUCUGUCCGUCCUAAGAUGUUCAACAGAAACACAAGGAGACUCUGCGGGCACAAACUGAAACACUGAGAGUGGACACGAUCCUGAUGAGGGAGAAGGUGAAGGUUUUCCAGCUGGUUGAUCGAUACGCUGAGCUCACGGUCAUUUCUACUGUUCGAGAUCGGAGACUGGUGGAACAUGAGCUGCUGGCAAGAGGCAGAGACCAUGAGGAGUGGAGAGAGAAACAUCUCCGUGGAGAGCUGGAAAAAAUCGGGACUGAUCAGUUAUUCAAGAGCAGUUUUGUUCAAAAACGUAAAAAAUGUUUCUUUGGAAACAAAUCCGGGAUGUCCGCAGCAGUGGCCGGAGUCUCGGGGAUCGGGAAAACAACAAUGGUACAAAAGAUAGUCUAUGACUGGGCCACGGGGAAAAUAUACCAACAAUUUCAGUUUGUCUUCAGUUUCAAGUUCCGCGAUUUAAACACCAUUAACUGCAGAAUAAACCUGAGGGAAUUGAUUCUGCAUCAGUAUCCUUACUUUGGAAAUAUCCUGAGAGAGGUCUGGAAGAAUCCAGAGGGAUUGUUGUUUAUAUUCGAUGGUCUGGAUGAAUUCAAGCACAAAAUCGAUUUUGCUGACAGUCGAAGAGAUACAGAACCCAAGCAUCAGUGCCCAGAUCCCGAGUGGUGGUGUGAAGUGUCUGACAUUGUGUACAGUUUAAUCCAGGGCAAGCUGCUCCCAGGGUGUUCAGUGCUGGUGACCACCCGUCCCACUGCGUUACAUUUAUUGGAAAAGGCAAUGAUCAGUGUCUGGGCUGAAAUCCUGGGAUUCGAUGGUGAGGAACGGAAGGAAUAUUUCAUCAAAAAUUUUGAAGAUCAGUCGGUGGCGGCAGAUGUUUUCAAACACGUGAAGGAGAACGAGAUCCUGUACACCAUGAGCUACAACCCUUCCUACUGCCUGUUCCUCGCUCUGACACUGGGCCCCUUCUUCACACAAAGAGACGGGGACUCGCAGCCAUUUCCCAAGACCAUCACCCAACUGUACUCCUACUAUAUUUACAACAUCCUGAAAAACCACGGCCGUGAGAUUGAGAACCCCCGUGAUGUGUUACUCAGGGUUGGUCAGAUGGCCUUCAGAGGAGUGUCCGAGAAGAAGAUUGUGUUUACAGGUGGAGAUUUAAUCAAAAACAAUCUGCAGCCUUCCCAAUUCCUGUCCGGGUUCCUGAUGGAGCUUUUGGAGAGAGAGGAUUCUGCCCGGAGCGUGGUGUACACAUUCCCUCACCUCACUAUCCAAGAGUUUGUAGCUGCCGUCGCACAAUUCCUGAAUCCACAUCCCGGGGAUAUCCUGAAAUUCCUCACUGAAUCCCAUAACACGACAGAUGGUCAAUUUCAUGUAUUUCUUCGUUUUGUUGCUGGUCUCUCCUCCCCAAUGACAGCUCGGGGCCUGGAGGAGUUUCUGGGUCCAUUUCCUGAACAAACAACCUGCCGGGUGAUUGACUGGGUGAAGAAGGAGGUUAAACGUCAGAGUGGAAACACAUGGAGUGAAGCUGGUAAAAGGAGCCUCCUGAACACAUUACACUACCUGUUUGAGUCUCAGAAUUGUGAGGUCGCACUGGGAUCUGUGAAAAAACUUUCAUUCAGUGGAAUGACACUAACCCUGUUUGACUGCGCUGUCCUGUCUCAUGUCAUCGGACUCUGUGAUACAAUAAAACAUCUCAAUCUGGAGGACUGUCACAUUCAGUGUGAAGGAAUCCAGCGGCUGGGACCCGGGCUGUACAAGUGCCAGGAGUUGAGCCUUGGGUGGAAUAAACUGGAAGAUUCAGGAGUGAAACUGGUGUCUGCGGUUCUGAGGAACCCGGAGUGUAAAAUACAGAAACUGUGGCUAGACAAUGUCGGUCUCACAGAUUCUGCUGUCGAGGAUCUCGCCUCCGCUCUCAGUACAAACCCAUCACUGACGGAGCUGGAUCUGGGUGCUAAUAAACUGGGAGAUUCAGGAGUGAAACUGGUGUCUGAGGCUCUGAGGAACCCGGAGUGUAAAAUACAGAAACUGGGGCUAGACAAUGUCGGUCUCACAGAUUCUGCUGUCGAGGAUCUCGCCUCCGCUCUCAGUACAAACCCAUCACUGACGGAGCUGGAUCUGGGUGCUAAUAAACUGGGAGAUUCAGGAGUGAAACUGGUGUCUGAGGCUCUGAGGAACCCGGAGUGUAAAAUACAGAAACUGUGGCUGUAUGAUGUCGGUCUCACUGCUAAUGGUGCCAAGGACCUCAUCUCCACUCUCAGUACAAAUCGAUCACUGACAGAGCUGAGCUUGAAUGAUAAUAAUCUGGGAGAUUCAGGAGUGAAACUGUUGUCGGCUGCGCUGAGGAUCUCGAAGUGUAAAUUACAGAAACUGUGGCUGAGGAAUGUCGGUCUCACAGAUUCUGGUGUCGAGGAUCUUGCCUCCGUUCUCAGUACAAACCCAUCACUGACAGAGCUGAACCUGGGUGCUAAUGAACUGGGAGAUUCAGGAGUGAAACUGGUGUCUGCGGCUCUGUCGAAUUCGAAGUGUUGUAUACAGAAACUGUGGCUUUUUGAUGUCAGUCUCACUGCUAAUGGUGCCAAGGACCUCAUCUCUACUCUCAGUACAAGUCGAUCUCUGAAAGAGCUGAGUUUGAAUGAUAAUAACCUGGGAGAUUCGGGUGUGAAACUGGUGUCUGCGGCGUUGAGGGACUCGGAGUGUAACAUACAGAAACUGUGGCUGUGGAAUGUCGGCCUCACAGAUUCUGGUGCCGGAGAUCUUAACGCCACUCUCGGAGGAAACCCAUCACUGACGGUGCUCAAUCUGAAUAAUAACAAGUUGGAAGAUUCAGGAGUGAAACUGGUGUCUGCGGCUCUGAAGAAAUCACGUUGUAAAUUACAGGAAUUGGGGCUGAGGGAUGUCGGUCUCACAGAUUCUGGUGCCAAAGAUCUCGCCUCCGCUCUUAGUACAAACCGAUCAUUGAUGGAGCUGAACCUGAAUGAUAAUAAACUGGGAGAUUCAGGAGUGAAACUGGUGUCUGAGGUUCUAAAGAAGGCGAACUGUAAAAUCCAAAAACUGUGGCUGCGGGAUGUCGGUCUCACAAAUCCUGGUGCCAAGGACCUCGCUUCCGCUCUCAGUUCGAACCCAUCACUGACGGAGCUGAACCUGGGUGCUAAUAAACUGGGAGAUUCAGGAGUGAUACUGCUGUCUGCGGCUCUGAAGAAUUCGGAGUGUAAAAUACAGAAACUGUGGCUAGACAAUGUCGGUCUCACAGAUUCUGCUGUCGAGGAUCUCGCCUCCGCUCUCCGUACAAACCAAUCACUGACGGAGCUGAGUUUGAAUGAUAAUAAACUGGGAGAUUCAGGAGUGAAACUGGUGUCUGCGGCUCUGAGGAAGCCGGAGUGUAAAAUACAGAAACUGUGGCUGAGGAAUGUCGGUCUCACAGAUUCUGGUGCCAAGGAUCUCGACUCCGCUCUCAGAACAAACCCAUCACUGACGGAGUUGAACCUGAGUGGUAAUAAACUGGGAGAUUCAGGAGUGAAAUUGGUGUCUGAAGCUCUAAGGAACUCAGAGUGUAAAAUACAGAAACUGUGGCUGCAGAAUGUCGGUCUCACAGAUUCUGGUGCCAAGGAUCUCGUCUCCACUCUCAGUACAAGCCCAUCACUGAUGGAGUUGAACCUGAAUGAUAAUGAACUGCGAGAUUCAGGAGUGAAACUGGUGUCUGCAGCUCUAAGGGACUCGAACUGUGAAAUACAGAAACUGUGGCUCAGGGAUGUCGGUCUCACAGAUUCUGGUGCCGGCGAUCUCGUCUCCGCUCUCAGUACAAACCGAUCACUGACGGAGCUGAACCUGGGUGCUAAUAAACUGGGAGAUUCAGGAGUGAAACUGGUGUCUGCGGCUCUGAGGAAAUCGGAGUGUAAAAUACAGAAACUGUGGCUGUAUGAUGUCGGUCUCACUGCUAAUGGUGCCAAGGAGAUCAUCUCCACUCUCGGUACAAAUCGAUCACUGACAGAGCUGAGUUUGAAUGAUAAUAAACUGGGAGAUUCAGGAGUGAAACUGGUGUCUGCGGCUCUGAGGGUCUCGGAGUGUAAAAUACAGAAACUGUGGCUGAGGGAUGUCGGUCUCACAGAUUCUGGUGUCGAGGAUCUCGUCUCCGCUCUCAGUACAAACCCAUCACUGACGGAGCUGAACCUGAGUUAUAAUAAACUGGGAGAUUCAGGAGUGAAACUGGUUUCUGCGGCUCUGAAGAAUUCAGACUGUAAAAUACAGAAAUUAUGGCUGAUGAAUGUCGGACUCACAGAUUCAGCUGCUGGAGAUUUUGUGUCCGCACUCGGUACAAAAACUUCACUAAUGGUGCUCACCCUGAAUAACAAUAAACUGGGAGAUUCAGGAGUGAAACUGGUGUCUGCGGCUCUGAUGAAAUCACGGUGUAAAUUACAGGAAUUAGGGCUGAAACAUGUCGGUCUCACAGAUUCUGGUGCCGGCGAUCUCGCCUCCGCUCUCAGUACAAACCCAUCACUGACGGAGCUGAACCUGAAUGAUAAUCAUCUGGGAGAUUCAGGAGUGAAACUACUGUCGGCGGCUCUGAGGAAGGCAGACUGUAAAAUACAGAAACUGUGGCUGGAGAAUGUCGGUCUCACAGAUCCUGGUGUCGAGGAUCUCGUCUCCGCUCUCAGUACAAACCCAUCACUGACAGAGCUGGACCUGGGAUUAAACUCGCUGACAGACCGAUCUGUCCCCGCUCUCCGCCACCUCAUACUGAUCCUCCCAAGUCUGGAGCGGAUCCUGCUGUACGGGAAUCAGUUCAGUCAGACAGGGAGGAAGGAACUGAGAUCUCUGCAGGAACCCAGACCCGGACUGACAGUGGAUCUGUGAACAUCUGAAUGUGUGAACAUCCCAGCCUGCGGGAUGGGGACAUUUUGGCCGAUUCCCAGCCCUCCCCUUUAACUCCCCCCUUACCUUUAAUGGCCGCGUGCCAGGUUUAAUUCCCAACGGUUUUAACGGAUCGGGCGCCACGCUCGCGCUGUGUGUCAUUCAUUGCGCUCCCGUAGUGACGUAUUUCUGCCUGUUGUACCGCGGCGCAGCUUCCGCCGGAUGUGCGGGUUGAGACCCCGCCCACGUGAGACCCUGGGGAAUUACGCAGUCAGGAAGAUACCGGAGGCCGGGGCUCAGUCUGGGACACCGGUGUCCCGGGGUGGGAUUAUCCCGGGAGAGAAUCCUUUUGCUCCCUUUGCUGAGGACGGUGCAUUCGGCAGUCUGGCCGAUAUAAUGAUGUUAAAUAGACAAAUACCUCGGCAGUGACCCUGGAUCUGCAGCGAUCCCGGUCACGGCCCUGAAGUGUGAUUUUAUUAUCAUCGGUUCCCCGAUGCAGAAUGACAGUGAGAAACGGGACUGAUUAUUCAACCGGUCACCCGUUGUUGCCGGUCAGUUAAUUGUGUGUGACUGUGAGUGAGUCGGAAGCAGUUUAUUUAUUCCCGCAUGUCAGCAGCUCACACAUUGUUUAAUUUACAUUUGUCAUGAUGAAAUCAAUAAACCAAUGUAACUUUCUGUCUUGCUGUCAGACUUGAGUUUUAUUUGAGGUUUCUGCUGCCCACCUCAACCUGUGCCCUGAGCUCCUC